CGAGAGGCAGAGGCGCGGGGAGCGCGAGCGGGCGCUGCUCUCCCGCCGGCGGAGCGGGCACGGGAGAGAGAGCGGGCGCGGCGCGGCCGGCGAGCAGCCUCGGCCGGCCGGCGGCGACGGACUAAAGCAAAAUGAUGGUCCAACACACCGGCCAGGUGUCUGCAUUAGAAGUCAGUGCCUCCGCAAUUGUUCCCACCUUGUCUCCUGCAGGGUCACUGGGGUUUGAUGAUUUCACAAAUUUAACCCCACUGGUGAAAGAGGAACUUAGAUUCGCCAUCCAAAACAAACGUCAGUCCCACAGGAUGUCUUCUACUUUGGAUACGGUGACAGUGUCCGAAAGGCCGAUGGAAACAUCAAUCAUGAAAACAGAGUUCUCUCCUGAAGAGGAUGAAAGAAAAAAGCGAAGAAGGGAAAGGAACAAAAUUGCUGCUGCAAAGUGCCGAAACAAAAAGAAGGAAAAAACAGAAUGUUUGCAGAAAGAAUCAGAAAAGCUGGAAACUAUCAAUGCGGAAUUAAAAGCCCAGAUUGAAGAGCUAAAAAAUGAGAAGCAGCAUUUGAUAUACAUGCUAAAUCUUCACAGGCCCACCUGUAUAGUUCGGGCACAAAAUGGAAGGACACCUGAAGAUGAAAGGAAUCUUUUUAUUCAACAGAUCAAAGAAGGAACAUUACAAGGUUAAGUGAUAUGGCAAAUGUGGAAAUAUUUAUAGUAUGUUUUAACAACUAGAAGCAACAGAAUCCACAGAGGAUCUGACUUAUGUGUAGGAUUCUAUUAGUAAAGAGCGCUUAGGAAGGGCAGAUUGCUUUCUUAAGCAGGAAGAAUCAUUUUUGGCUUGUCAGAGAUUCUUCCCCUUGGAAGAUCUGGUCUCGGUCAAACUGAAGAGCCUUCUGCCUCAUAAUAGGUUUUGCACCUGUCAUACAUGCUGUUCCUAGGAGCUACAGACAACAGCUUCAGAAGAUUUAGCUCUCUGCUAGUAUACAGUAUCUGCACUCACGACGUUUGUGCUAGAACACUAUGACUUCGAUGAUGCACAUGGUACAUACAGCUGUGCUGGAUGGACACUACUUUUCCUUGUGGCUGUCAGGGAAAGCAGACAGAGUAUUUUUAAAGUUUUGUAGUUUCCAGGAGGAUGGUUUCUGGCAGAAUGUACUGAUACGUAAUUUUGCAUUCUAACCUAACACACACACACAAACACACAAAAAGCCUUUAGUUCCAGUUAAGCUUUGUAACUUUUUUCACAACACUUGUGUGGUUUUUUUCCUAUGACUCAUCUCAGAGACUGAAUGUGACAAGUCCUAGUAGGUGUGACAAAGAAAGGUUUCUUGCAAAAUAUCCAUGUAGCUAAGAUGAUAUUUUAGGAGCUGGAACCCCACCUGUUAUCCUUUGGGAAGUACAGUGUUUCCUCGCAUUCAGGAGAGAAUUUUGUACCAUCACUUGGCAACUGUGUGAAUUGGACCCACUGGAAAGACGGAAGUAGUGAUGAAGGGACUUUGAUAUGGUUUUGCCCAAGCAAAGAACUGCAGGACUGAAUCCCAGGUUCAUGAAUCAUGAAAAGUUUAAAAAAAAACCAAAAUCAUCUGGGAUCUAAUCUUACAAGCCUUAGCCCUCACUGACAGAAGAGGUUCCAUGGCCUGUAGUGAUCUGGUUAUACAGAUGGCUGUCAGGAGUAAGACGUAGACAAAGCUUUUUCCGUCCUUGUCAGGAUUGCUUCUUUUUGCCAGAUGAUUCAGAGGGAAAAAUUAUGAUUGCAGCUACUUUUAUUUUAUGUUUGAGUGGUAACUACAGUCAAUCAAAAGUGUUACUUAGAAUCUAAAGGAGACAAGAGUUCUGAUGUAGUGAAUAAUUGUUCUCGUUUUUUAUUAAAUACUAACCUUCGAUGUUUCUGAACUGGUAGAAGAGCUGCUGGACAAUACAGUUGGAGCUACGAGUGUUUAAAUUCUGAUGUUUCUGUGAAAUUCUCAGAUUGUUUAAUCCAACAAAGUAUAUCCUUACAAUUUUUUUGUAAAAGAAAAUAUCCUUAUUUAUCACUAAUAUCAUAAUGAGUAAAGUUAAUAAAUACUGCAAGCAAGAUAAAACUGAAAACACAAGUGUUGUGCUGUCUUUUUACUUUCAUCUCUUGGUGUUUAAUAUUAUAUAUUCCUAAACUUCACGAGUUGCAAGAGACACCACUUAACCUUCAUCAUCUCCACAGAUGAGGCAUUUGAGUAUCUUGAAUGAUUGGGUGCAGAGAAUAUACCUCUCAAAAUUCUAUAUCUUGAUCAAUGGUGUCUAUCUGCUCAACAUCGCAAUUUAAAUGGAGCUUACAGUACAUAAUAUUUUACACCAGUUAUGCAGUGUUGAAUUUGUGGUUUUAUUCUAAAGGCUAAACUGAAAGAUACCUCAGCCAUAAGCUUCUUCCUCUACAAGUCCUGGCUGAAUGUAUCGGGUAUCACUCCUGAUCCUUAUAUGAUCUUUAUAUUCUGCAACAGAACUUAGUACAUUUUUCUAAGAUCUGGAUAUAUUGUAAUGUCCUAUAUCAUGUUUAAAUGCUAUGUACUUCAUGUAUCUGGAAAAUGAAUGUAUUAAAAAGACAACACACUAGGUCUGAUUCUGUCCUGAGAAUCUGUUUUCUUUCUGUAUGUUGGAAGGAGCUGCCUUUGACUUCAGUGACAUUUUUAUUAAUGCCCUGCAGGCAGAAUUUGGAGCCUCUGCAGUAGGGGGAAAGUUUCAUGGGGAACUGGGCCGGUGCUUUGUCAGAUGAUGGAUAUACAUGAAGUGUGUUAUCAGUAAAUUUGUCAAACAGUAUUCACUGAUGUCUGACUUCUGUAGUAUGGGAGUACAUAACUGAGGCUUCAUGAUGGUAUCGUGCUCCUUGGCUUUACCUUUAGCACAUCAGAUACCAGCAGACAAAAGAGUUUGCCUCCUAUGCUGUUAUAAAGUGUUCCAGCAGAGACUAGAAUAUAAUGACACAAUGUCUCUCCUUUAGGGAAUCUGUAUGGUUGCUUUUAACCAUACUGCUGAUGACGCCGGCGUCAUGCUUUUGUUGCUUGAAGUUAUGUAUUCAGCAUGCCACAUGUUAAGAGGGUACCACUACUAUUGUCAGAAGAUUAUUUUUAUUUCUUUGUAUGUGGAGUCAAAGCUGCUUUCUACUGUGUGUACGUGUGUGUGUGCAUGCGUGCUCCUGCACGCUACUGUAGAAGUGAUGGUACUCAAGUUGAUUUGAUUAUGCCCAUGAAAGAGUGUUUGAACAGAUAGACAGGAGCAGUAUGUUGCAUGAGUUUUUUAAAAGCAUACGUUAAUCAGGAGAACCUUUAAAAUGCAUUAAAAGCA